UUCCCAGACGGACUAGGCCCCGCGCGGGGCGGGGGCGCUUUUCCGAGAGGCGCCGCCAGUCCCGGCCGGGCCGAGGAAGAUAUAUGCAUGCUGCUGUCCUGUGUGCACCUGAUUCGCCGACCUCUCCAGUGCAUCCAACCUUUGAUUGUCUUGCCUUCACGCUCCUUCAUGGAUCUAAAAGCUCUAGUUUCCUCCUUGAAUGACUUUGCUUCACUCUCUCUGGCUGAAAGCUGGGACAAUGUAGGAUUACUGGUAGAACCGAGCCCACCCCAUACUGUGGGCACACUCUUCCUAACUAAUGACCUUACAGAGGAAGUAAUGCAGGAGGCAUUGCAGAAGAAGGCAGAUCUUAUCCUCUCUUACCACCCACCCAUAUUCCGAGCACUCAAGCGCAUAACAUGGAAAACCUGGAAAGAGCGUCUUGUGAUCCAGGCUUUGGAACACAGAGUUGGCAUUUACUCUCCACACACAGCAUAUGAUGCCAUACCUCAUGGAGUCAAUAACUGGCUAUCCAAAGGACUUGGUGUCUGUGCCACUGUCCCACUACACCCAUCAGUGGCUCCCAGCUACCCAACUGAGGGCACUCACCGAGUGGAAUUCAGUGUGGACCACACUGAGCACCUGGAGACAAUCCUAUCCAACAUGCGAGGGAUCCCAGAGAUUUCAUCUCUCAUUACUCUCCCUGCCAGGGCUGAAGAUGAGGAGCAGACACGAGUCAGUUUGAACUGCACCCAGAAGGCACUUCUGGAGGUGGUGGCAUUAUUGUCACAGAACAGCCUUCUUUAUCACAAGACUGAAAUAAUGUUAUUACAGAAGCCUCUGCUUCCGCAUACUGGAAUGGGACGCCUAUGCACGCUGAGUGAGCCAGUCUCCCUGUCAGCCUUGACUGAACGAAUCAAAAGCCACCUAAGGCUGCCUUACAUACGCCUGGCCCUGGGAACGGGGAAGACAUUAGAAGCCAAAGUGAAAGUGGCUGCUGUGUGUGCUGGCUCUGGGAGCAGUGUCCUGCAGGGUGUGGAAGCCGACCUCUAUCUCACUGAUGGGAGUCACUACCAGGAAUUCUGAGUUCUAGCCCCAGCUGAUACUCCUUUGGAGACCUUCAGGUAAGUCACAAUCUCUGGCUCAGUUCCCCAUUGUGAUGUUUGUAAGUGUUAAGUAUUAGUAGUAAAAGGGGGUAGACUUCUCUUUGGAUUUUCAGAAACACAAGGUCCUGAGAAAAUAUGGAUGAAAUGAGAUUUUAAAUCCACUUCUUAAGGCAGCCAGGCAUUGUGUCAGCAAUAAUGAAAAUGGGGUUUCUGUCAUCUAUACACCAGGAGAUCUGCGAGAGAAACUAAAGAACAUGAAUAAAAGUUUAUUUAACAUUCUGUCAUUCGAAACAGUCAUUUAUACGAUGGAUUGCCACAAGAUUAGGCAAUAAGUUCAAGUGUCCCUGAAGUCUGACUGGCAGAUAGUUUUAUGUAGGUGAUAGAACUGCAGAGCUUAAGGUGACCUGCAAAGGAAAAAAAAAACUACAUCUAUGUCUCUUUCUUUCUGAUAUAUGGAGAAGGCAUCAAAGUACCCUUACACUCCCAUAUUAACCACAUUUUUUCUUCUACAUUAGAAAUUCAGAUCAAGUCUUUGGUUUUCCUAGAAGGCACUACAGACACUGGAGAACUGGUAGACUAGACCAGAUAAAUCAUGCAGGUGAAAUGAGACUGGACGUUAUUCUUAUGCAGACUUUUGAAACAUAAAAAAUAAAAUUUUAAUGUAGUGCAAAUGCCUAAAAAAUACCAUGAAGAAAAGUGACCUUUGCUGAACUUAUCUUCUAUUCAGGACCUCCAAAAAGUUCUCCAGGAGAGCCAACUUGGACAUCCCUGAUUUAAAAAACAACAACAA